AAGGGGAAAAGGUGAGUCCGGGGAGUAGCGGGAGGAGGGGGAUCAGAAUCGCUGCAGGGGCUCUGUCUGGCUUCUUGAGCAAAAGAGAAGGGACGACGUGCUUGGCUUGUCGGUGCAAACGGUUGAUGGCCGCAUGUGUGGCUCAGGUCACAUAUUUGGGAAGCGCCCGCUUCGAAUUCGGAUGCCGAGUGGCCAUUAUCUUUAAGGGAGGCUUUAGGGAAUGAUAUUAUUCUCCUUGACGGGAUCAAACUGUGAGAUCUCGGUCAUCCGUCCCAACAACCUUGCAAGAUAAGCCAAGAAGGGAGCCGUCUGCUUUGCUGAGAGGCCAGAAGCCGUUUCUGAAUGACCUUCGACCCGGAGGGGACAAUGCCCUUUCUGCAUGGCUUCCGUCGGAUCAUCUUUGAGUACCAGCCCUUGGUAGAUGAGAUCUUGGGAUGCCUGGGGCUGCAGGAUCCUGAGCGGCAAGAAACCCUCGAGAGUCCCAGCGAUGUGGCUGAAGACGACAGCCGACUGCUGGUCCUCCAGGAGCUUCUGGAGAGAGAGGCCCAUUCCCUGUUCUACCAGGAAGGAGUUAGCUACGCUCUGCUGAAAGUGGCCGAGCUCGGGCUGACUCACGCUGCCGAAACCCUCUUACGCAACGGGGCGGACAUCAUCUUUGAAGAUCCAGUCACGUAUUACACAGCCCUGCAUAUCGCAGUGCUGCGGAACCAGCCGGACAUGGUGGAGCUCCUGGUGCAGAGAGGGGCGGACAUUAAUCGGAGGGACAGGAUUCACGAAAGCAGCCCCCUGGACCUUGCUAGCGAAGAGUCAGAACGUCUCCCCUGUCUGCAGCGUCUCCUCGAACUCGGAGCUGAUGUCAACGCAGCCGACAGACACGGAAAGACCGCACUGUUGCACGCUCUGGCCAGCAGCGAUGGGGUUCAGAUCCACAACACAGAAAACAUUCGUCUCUUGCUGGGAGGAGGCGCAGAUGUCAAGGCCACCACCAAAGAUGGCGACACCGUCUUCACCUUCAUCAUUUUCCUCCUGGGGGAGAUGGUGGGAGGGGACAAGGAGGAGGCCCAGAAGAUCAGCCGCUUCUGCUUCCAGGUCACCCGGCUGUUGAUGGCCCACGGUGCUGAUCCCAGCGAGUGCCCCUCCUACGAGUCCCUCACCCACCUCUGUCUGAAGAGCUUCCGCCUCCAUUUUCCGCUUUUGCGCUUCCUCCUGGAGUCGGGGGCCUCCUACAACUGCUCCCUCCAUGGGCCCUCGUGCUGGUCGGGCUUCGAUAUCAUCUUCGAGAGGCUGUGCUCCCACAUCAGCGAAUCCGAAGAGGACAGCUUCUCCGUCGACCUCCUGCAGAAGGCCGAGACGGCGCUGGAGCUCAUGACAGCCAGCUCGCCAGCCAUAAAGCUGCCAAGCAACUUCGAGGUCAACCUGAGCAACUGCCGCUUCCACAAGGAGAGGAUCAAGGCCCUCUUCUGCUCUCUUAAGCAGCUGGAGCACUCCCCGCCCACUCUGAAGCACCUCUGCCGCGUCCACAUCCGCCAGAGCCUUCAACCUUGGCCGCUGGACAUCAAAGUCAAAGCUCUCCCGCUGCCGGACAGACUCAAGUGGUAUCUCCUGAUAGGCCACAGCAGUUCCACGGAACAGGAUGUGUGAGUUAAGUGGGGCAGAGCAUGGACUAGACGCCUCAUCACACACACAAAACAUAAGUUGUGGGGUGUGCCAGCAUCCUGAAGAUCUUCAUUCCUAGCUCAACUGCCUGCCCAGCUGGUUGGUCUUCACCAAAUUCAUAAAUUGUCACAUCUGGUGGUGACCCUCCAAAACCUCCUGUGAACAUCUGGCCUUUAUUCCGUUAACAGAAGGAUAUGCAUCAUUCCCUGAUGGAACAGAAUCUGGUACUAAACCACAUUAUCACGGGUAGUUGAGGGAAGGGAGGUCUUCCUUGUCAGGUGGAUCUGUGCCUUGACCAAUGAGAACUCAAACCAAACUUCACGGGACGGAACUCAGCUUGAACAAUCCUGGCCCAGCUCCCUCUUGGGAUUUCUGGCAAACCAGAAUGUUCAGCACUUCCACUUGGCCAAUAAAAUUAUGUGUCUGCACCAGU